GAGCGGAAGUGGCGGGUGGCUUAGAGGCUUGAGGGCUGCGCGUGGAGUGGACCCGUGCGGCUCUGGUGGCCGUGAGCAGAGCCGGCUUCUCGAUUUUAACCUGGUUUGAAAAUGAGUAAGCGCAGGAAGCUCCCAGCUCAGCCGUCAGCGAGUUCUGAGACCUUCAGCCCGGAUGUCCUCGAUGACAUCUGUGAGCUCUUUGCCAAGAACUUUUCAUACUGUAAGCCACUUGCUAAUGAGUGGCAGUUCCCAGCUCCUACGGAGGUUUUCACCUGUGACCACACGGAGUUCGAUGCUUUUCUUGACUUGAAGAACUCCCUGAAUGCAGUGAAAAACCUCCUGAGUGAUAAGAAGCUGGAUGAGUGGCACGAACACACUGCUUUCACCAACAAGGCGGGGAAGAUCAUUUCUCACGUGAAAAAGGCUGUGAAUGCCGAGCUUUGCACGCAAGCCUGGUGCAAAUUCCAGGAGAUUUUGUGUAGUUUCCCGCUUAUUCCUCAGGAAGCUUUUCAGAACGGAAAGCUGAAUUCUCUGCACCUCUGUGAAGCUCCAGGAGCUUUCAUUGCUAGUCUCAAUCACUACUUAAAAUCCCACCGGUUCCCCUGUGAAUGGAGCUGGGUAGCUAAUACCCUGAAUCCGUACCAUGAAGCGAACGACAGUCUCAGGAUGAUAAUGGACGACCGACUGAUUGCAAAUACCUUGCAUUGUUGGUACUUUGGCCCAGAUAACACUGGUGACAUCAUGAACCUGAACUAUCUGGCUGGCCUUCAGGAUUUCCUCAGCAGCAUGCCCACUGUUCACUUGGUCACUGCUGAUGGGAGUUUUGAUUGCCAAGGAAACCCAGGUGAGCAGGAAGCUUUAGUCUCUUCUCUGCAUUAUUGUGAAGUUGUCACCGCUCUGACCACUCUCGGGAGCGGCGGCUCUUUUGUUCUAAAGAUGUUUACCUUGUUUGAACAUUGUUCUGUAAACCUCAUGUACCUGCUAAAUUGUUCCUUUGACCAAGUCCAUGUCUUCAAACCUGCUACUAGCAAGGCGGGAAACUCAGAAGUCUAUGUGGUGUGUCUCUGCUAUAGAGGAAGAGAUGCUGUCCACCCUUUGUUAUCUAGGAUGGUGUUGAAUUUUGGGACUGAAAUGACUAGGAAAGCGCUCUUUCCCCAUCAUGUGAUCCCCAAAUCUUUCCUUGAGUGCCAUGAAGAGUGUUGUGCGUUCUUUCAUAGAUACCAGUUAGAGACGAUUUCUGAGAACAUUCGUCUUUUUGAGUGCAUGGGGAAGGAGGAGCAAGAGAAACUGAAUAAUUUAAGGGAUUGUGCUGUACAAUAUUUUAUGCAAAAAUAUCAACUGAAGCGUCUUUCUAGAAAUCACUGGCUCGUUAAAAAAUCCAGUAUUGGUUGUAGUACAAACACAAAAUGGUUUGGACAGAGGAACAAGUAUUUUAAAACCUAUAAUGAACGGAAGAUGCUAGAAACGCUUUCGUGGCAAGAUAAAAUCGCCAAAGGAUACUUGGAUAGCUGGGUGGAGGAACAUGCUGUGUAUCAUCCUGGGCAGAAUUCCUUUUUAGAAGGGACUGCUUCCAGUCUCGAGUGCCACUUAUGGCGUAUUUUGGAAGGAAAGAAACUGCCGAAGGUGAAGUGUUCUCCUUUCUGUGAUGGGGAGAUUUUAAAGACUCUUAAUGAAGCCGUUGAAAAGUCCUUAGGGGAAGCUUCGAGUUUGGAUUCCAAGUUCAGGCCCAAGCAGCGAUACUACUGUUGUCACGUGUUUUCAGAGGAACUGCUGUUAUCCGAGUUGUUCAGCCUUACCAAGUGCCUUCAGGGUGAGCAAACUGUAGAGCCCAGCAACCCCAUAAAGUGCUUGCUUGUGGGUUCCCCAACUCUCUGUGAUUCCAAACUGCACCCGCCCCUGGAAGUCCACUUGCUGGAGUCCAUCGAUCUCCUAACCUUCAGCUGUUCCUUGCUGCACGAUGGCGACCCAACAUACCAGCACUUGUUUUUGGAGUGCCUUCUCCACUCGCUGAAGCAGCUUCAUACGGGAGAUGUCAUGAUUUUGCCUGUGCUGUCUUGCUUAACCAGAUUCAUGGCCGGCUUGAUCUUUGUUCUCCACAGCUGUUUCAGAUUUGUCACGUUUUCUUGUCCCACGUCCUCUGAGCCCCUCAGGUCCUGUGCAGUCCUGCUGUGCGUGGGCUAUCAGAGCCUUCCCAGUCCCGUUCUCCAGUACCUGCAGAACGUUAGCGAGCUGCUGAGCGCUUUGCUCCUCUCUGGUGCGCCCCAACAGGUUUUACAGUUUGUGCCGAUGGAGGUGCUCCUCCAGGGCACACUGCUGGAUUUUUUGUGGGAUCUGAAUGCUGCCAUUGCUAAAAGGCAUUUGCAUUUGAUUAUUCAAGAAGAGAGAGACAAAGUCAGCAACAGCCUUGAGUCACAGAAUUGAACAUGUCACUGUUGAGAUUCAGUUUUGUGACCUCCAGCUUCUGCCCUCUCUAUUUAAUGCCUUUCGUUUUGGAGAAAUGCCAAUUUUUGUAUCAAAGGACAUUAAUGAUGGAAAGUUACAGCUUGUUCUGAUCUGAAGGAUAUAUGU